AUGAUUGAUCUGAGCACUGUGUUCUACUCUUUCCAGACCUCCUUGCUGUGCUCCACUGGCAGGGAAAUGAAGAAGAGACAAUUGGGAAAAUCUUUAAUCCCCCGUCUGUGCAAGGCAGGAAUUCCCCCUGUGGGCAGUGCUGCUGGGUCUGUGCACAGCUCUCCCCAGAUGGAAUUGCAGGAGUCCCAGGAGAUGAGGGCAAGACCCAGCAGCAGAAGCCAAGAGAAGACCCCAGAGUAUGCAGAUCUGACUGGCUACACUCCUGCCACGAAUCUUCCUGACACACGUCCCGCUUCACUCCUUCCCUUCAAGCCCUUGCCUCCCAUCCAAGAGAGCUCUUCCAUCAAGCUGAGCAAGAUGUAUGAUGGGGAGGAACAGAAAGGGAAAAGUAGCACUGACAACGAAGAUGUCAGAAGAAACAACGCGGAGCAGAGUUCAGAGGGAAAAGGACAUAAGACCUCCUUGCUGUGCUCCACUGGCAGGGAAAUGAAGAAGAGACAAUUGGGAAAAUCUUUAAUCCCCCGUCUGUGCAAGGCAGGAAUUCCCCCUGUGGGCAGUGCUGCUGGGUCUGUGCACAGCUCUCCAAAGAUGGAAUUGCAGGAGUCCCAAGAGAUGAGGGCAAGACCCAGCAGCAGAAGCCAAGAGAAGACCCCGGAGCAUGCAAGCCUCUCACUGAGUCAGGCCAAGGAGACAGAUCAUCCCAGCAGUCCUGGUCUUAGGAGUGACAAGGAGCGGAGGGACAGCUUUGGAAAGACCCACGCUGAAUUGUGCAGGUUGGCUAAAGAGAACUUAGAGCUGAAGAAAAUGGAGAUUUUGAUGGAAGAGAUGAAGAGGAGACAAAAUGAAAAAUCCUUGCAACUUCCUCCAGAGACAUUUGAGCCUGGGGAUGCAGCUGAAGCAAGCUUCAGCCUACCACCUAUCAAUGGCACAGCUCCCAGUGUACAGAGAAAAGACCCUGGUAGCGCCAUGAAGAAAACGGUCGUGAGAAAGCAGGACACGGUGCCCUUACAGCCCAGUACGCCCACCCUCCCUGGAGAUGGCAGCUUCCCACGCAGCUCCUCGGAGACCUCGCAGACAGCCACUGGUGCCCAGCGCCAAGAGGAGCCGCUCCGUGGGCACAGGCAGAAGGACAGAGCCUUUUCGGACCCACAGCAGGCCUUGCAGGAGGCACUGUCCUUGCUGGGCAGCGACGACUGGGAACAGAAGAAGAAGGGACUCUUGAACAUCACACUGCUGGCUGAGUCCCAUUCAGAAGUCCUGCUCUGUCGACUUCGUGAGAUUUGCUUGGCAGUUACCAGUGAGGUGACCAACCUCCGGUCCAACGUGUCCUGCUCUGCAAUUGUCACUCUGGGAGAGCUCUUUGCGAUCUUGGGGAAGGACAUGGACUCCGAGGUGGAUCAGAUUGCUGCAGUCCUUCUCCACAUGUUGCGGAACUCCCCAGAGUUUAUUCAGAAGGCAGCCUGUCAGAGCCUGGGCAUGAUGGUAGAGAACGUGACUCCUACACGAGCAAUGACUGCUCUCAUGGACAAUGGAGUCAAGAGCCGCUACGUCCCUGCACGGAAGUGUACGGCCGAACUCCUCCUGUCCUUGAUGGAGAAAAUGGGACUCACAAAGCUUGCAGGCACACCCAUGGCUGAGAGGCUGGCACAGGUGGCAGGGACACUUGCUCAGGACAGUCACAAGGACACGAGGCAUUAUGGACAGGAGAUGGUGAAGAUGUUGCUUAAUAAUCAAAAAUUUAAAAAGCUUUUGGAACAAUCUCUUUCAACGCAUGACCUGGAAGAUAUCCUGAAGAGAAUUAAGAAGAAAGAAUACUGCCCUGCUGUCAAGCCCUGUGGAGCUGGAAGAAGCUUGGGGAUGGAAAACAACAAGGCUGAACUCCCACCUGUGCAGGAGCCGGUGAAGAAGAGGAAUGAUGGCUCCCAGAAGCCCCAGGCCACAUCACCUCCUAGCAAACGGGCAAAGUCUGCCACUGGUGGACGCCGCCUACACCGUGCAAGAGCCCAGGUCACGUUACCUGCAUCUGUGGAAGAAAGGGAGCUGCUCCAGAAGCUUUACCAUCUCCUGGAAGCCAAGGCGUUCCAGACACGGAUGGAAGGAGUGGCACUCCUCCUAGACCUGUCCAAAACCAGACCCCAGCUCAUCUCCACUAACAUUGUCCAAAUUUUUGAUUAUUUUGGCCUGAGAAUCUGUGACACACAUAAGAAAGUGAAGCAGAAGGCGCUGGAGGCGCUGGCAGAAAUCAUAGGACUGCUGCAGGAUGCCAUGAACCCAUUGAUGAUCCGUUUGGUUGAAGGCAUAACAAAGAACCUAAACUCAAAGGAUCCCGGGGUUCAUGCUGCAGCUAUGACGGCACUGGACCAAUCUGUUGUGCAUUUAGAUGAAGUAUCACUGAUGAAAGAGCUCUGCCAACCAAUGGAGACGACUGAGUGGCCAAGCUCUGCUGGAUGUCACGGAGCGUAUCACAGGUACGGCCUCCCCUUCUAA